CGGAAUGUUUCUCGUUCCGUUUAAAGACCCGCUCCCGGCUGAGCUGCUGGAGGGGAGGUGCCAAUUAAUUACACCCAGAACUAAGAGGUUUUUGUGCAGUUUAAUUCAGUUUUUUAGCAAAAUGAAGAAGUGGAUGGACAUGUCAAACCUACCACAGGAAUUCCGAGAGCGAGUGGAGCGGCUGGAGAGAAAUUUUGAAGUGUCAACUGUGAUUUUCAAGAAGUUUGAACCAAUAUUUUUUGAUAUAUUUCAAAACCCUUAUGAAGAAACUUCCAAGCCACAGCGAAGCAGGAAACAGAGGCGGGUGCCUUGCAGUGUCAAAGAUCUCUUCAACUUCUGCUGGACUCUCUUUGUGUACACUAAGGGUAAUUUCCGUAUGAUUGGAGAUGAUUUAGUAAAUUCCUAUCAUUUGCUUCUGUGCUGCUUGGACCUGAUUUUUGCCAAUGCCCUUCUGUGUCCAAACAGAAGAGAUUUGCUAAAUCCAUCAUUUAAAGGCUUACCAGUGGAAUUCCACACUCCAGAGAUCAAAGCCUCUGAGGACCCUCCCUGCAUCAUUGCCACGCUGUGUGAGCUGCACGACGGGCUCCUGGUAGAAGCAAAAGGCAUAAAGGAACACUACUUUAAACCAUACAUUGCAAAGCUGUUUGAUAGGAAGAUCUUAAAAGGAGAUUGUCUGUUGGAUCUCUACAACUUUACAGAAAAUAGCAAAGCACUGAAUAAAGAGUAUGAAGAGUAUGUUCUGACCGUGGGUGAUUUUGAUGAGAGAGUUUUCCUGGGAGCUGAUGCUGAAGAAGAAAUUGGCACUCGAAAAUUCCCUGCAGAUGUGCUGGUAGAGAAAACGGCAGCACGAGCUCCCACAGAGUGUCAUCUGCAGCAGCAUUUUGAAAAGAAAAGAUCAUUUGCACCUUCAACUCCCCUGACUGGCCGACGAUACCUGCGAGAGAAGGAAGGUGUCAUCACUCCUGUGGCUUCAGCCACGCAGAGCGUGAGCCGCCUGCAGAACAUGGUGGCUGGGCUGAAAAAUGCACCCAGUGAACAACUUACAGCUAUUUUUGAGUCUUGUGCCCGCAGCCCCAUGGAAAGCAUCAUGAGCAGAGUGAAGGAGAUCGGUGAGACCUUCUGCUGCAGCUACACUCAGUCAACAGCUGAGCAGCCAGGCUCUCAUAUAGAUUUUGCUGUAAACAGAUUAAAACUGGCAGAGAUCUUGUACUAUAAAAUCUUGGAGACUAUAAUGGUGCAAGAAACACGGAGACUGCAUGGGAAGGAUCUGACUGCUCUCCUGGAGCAGGAUCUGUUCCACCGCUCGCUCCUGGCGUGCUGCCUGGAGAUCGUGCUCUUCGCCUACAGCUCCCCUCGCACCUUCCCCUGGAUCAUUGAAGUGCUUGACCUCAGGCCCUUCUAUUUCUAUAAGGUCAUUGAAGUGCUGAUUCGGUCUGAGGAAGGACUUUCCAGAGACAUGGUGAAGCACCUCAACAGCAUUGAGGAACAAAUUCUGGAGAGUCUUGCCUGGACUCGGAACUCGGCACUCUGGAAUGCACUCGAGGCAUCAGACAACAAAGUCCCAACCUGUGAAGAAGUAAUAUUUCCCAGUAAUUUUGAAGCCAGCAAUGGAGGAAGUGGGCUUGGGCAUUUGCCUAUGAUGCCAUUAUCUCCCAUAAUUCAUCCUCGAGUAAAAGAGGUUCGAACAGAUCUUGGUGGGAGUUUAAGACGAGACAUGCAGCCCUUGUCUCCAAUCUCAGUUCAUGAGCGCUACAGUUCUCCUGCAGCUGGAAGUGCUAAGAGAAGGCUCUUUGGAGAUGACAGCCCCCGAGAAACUCAGAUGGAAAAAACCUUAACCAAAGGAACUAAGUUGACAAUUGCUCCAGCGUCGAGCAUUGGUGCUGAAAACGUGUCAGUGUCUCCUGGGCAGACAGUGCUGACCAUGACAACCACUGCAGGGCCGGGGAAAGUGGGACAGAAGGUCACGAUCCCACUGCACGGUAUUGCAAAUGAAAUGGGUGGGAUCACCUUGAUCCCCAUUUCAAUUAAUUUAGGCCAGCCGUGUAAAAUGGAGGCUCUGGCUCCUUCCUGCCACCCCCCAGGGAACCAAGCACAGGAAGUGCAGGUGUCAGCAGCGAGCAAACCAAAGAGAACGGGGUCCUUGGCACUGUUCUACAGGAAGGUUUAUCACCUGGCCAGUGUGCGCUUGCGUGACCUGUGCUUGAAGCUGGAUGUUUCCAAUGACUUGCGCAGGAAGAUAUGGACGUGCUUUGAAUUCACGUUGGUUCACUGUGCUGAUCUAAUGAAGGACAGACACUUGGACCAGCUCCUCCUCUGUGCCUUUUAUAUCAUGGCAAAGGUAACCAAAGAGGAAAGAACUUUUCAGGACAUAAUGAAAAGUUACAGGAAUCAGCCACAAGCAAACAGCCAUGUUUAUAGGAGUGUCUUGUUGAGAAAUAUUUCUGCUGAUGUCUCGGGCAAAAAUGCAGACCCAGACACGGAGAUGACAGAAGACUCAGCUGUGAAAGCUGCCAGUUCCUCCGGACGAUCCGCAGCAGAGAACUCCAGUGAGCUGGAAACAGAGGAGAGAGGAGAUCUGAUUAAAUUUUACAAUGCAGUCUAUGUAGGACGAGUAAAGGCAUUUGCACUGAAGUACGAUAUCACAAACCAGGAUCAUGUGAUGGAAGCCCCUCCCUUGUCCCCGUUCCCCAGCAUCCGGCAGCAGCCAGUGUCCCCCCGGCGCAUCUCCCAGCAACACUCUGUGUACGUGUCCCCUCACAAGAACGGCGCCUGCCUGACGCCCCGAACUGCACUGCUCUACAAGUUCAGUGGGAGCCCUUCCAAGAGUUUGAAGGACAUCAACAAUAUGAUAAAACAAGGUGAACACAGGAGCAAGAAGCGAGCAAUAACAAUUGACAGUGACACUGAAUCCCCCACAAAGCGACUCUGCCAGGAAAAUGAUGAUGUUCUACUAAAACGUCUCCAGGAUGUUGUCAGUGAAAGAGCAAAUCAUUAAAACUGCCUGUUUCCUGUGGGAUCUAAAAACUAUGGAGCUGGAUACAGCUGUUGUGCUGUUUAUUUCCUGGCUUUGCAUACAGACAACUGCCAAGUUUCUUUAACACUGAACUUUUACCUGACUUCCACAGGAUGCAAAAAGCAAUAGUUAAGUAGGAAAUGCCAGUGAUCUUCAUUCCCAAAGGCCACGCUGUGCUAUAACUUUGAGCUGUUAUAGCAAGUGUUUUGUAGAAAGCCAUAUUGGAUGUUCUCAGGCCUCACUGGGAGCAUCGUGAGUUCUGAGUGUAACUCAGCUUCUAGUAACAUUGGUUUUCUUUUUGGAAUCAGAUUGGUAAAGAAAUGAGUGAACUCAGUUUAAGUUUCCUCAAGCUUUUUAUAUUUGGAGAAAAAAUUUUCAAAGUGCCUUAUUUUAAAAGAAUGUGACAUUUUAUGCAUUAUUUUACUGUGGAGUAACUGGAGGGAAUAAAAAUGGAUCAUUUAGCCUCAGGAAGAGCUGAGCAGUUUUGAACUGUCAGAACUUCAGUUAAAGUGUAGGUUGUGACAUGGAUCUGACAGCUUUGCAGUAACGAGGGCAAUAAUCAAAAAAUACAAAUAGCAAUGACUUAAAUUGGACUCUGGUAAAGCACUGAGAUACAACUCAGUGAAUUCCCUUUCUUUUGAGCCAGGGGGUGCUGCCACGUUGGAAGUUACAGAGCAGCCUGCCCUAGAGGCUUUUCAUAUGGAUGGCAGCUCACCCUGAAGAAUUACAAGCGGGUUACAGUUGAAAUCAGCAGCUGGGGCAAGAUUAGAGCCAUAGAGAAACUUCUCAGCACUGUAAUUUUCAGUUUCUGUGUAACUGAACUGAAAAAAAAAAAAGGAACGAUUACAUAGGACUUGUUUGAGGAGCUCUGCUCACUUUGUUGGCUGGGUGGGUUAGUAUGGAAGUGUUAGUAAAAACACUGUGAUGAUUUUGGGCAGUCUCAGCCCACGGAUCUGGCCAGGAGUGAGAGAGGAGAAAUUGAUUCCUAAGAGUGAGGGACACUACUCAGCAAGGAGUAGAAAGUUUACAAACUUGGUUUUCAAUUCUGAACUACUUGAAUUUUUUUUUUUGGUUUUGUUUUUUUUUUUUACUUUCAAAAAAAGGUGCUUGGUGCUUGGCCAUGGAGAGCUGCAGUGUGAGGAAAUGGCCAUGCAGUGGACUAACUUUCAUGUAGAUUCUUCAGUUCCUUUAAUUUUAUUCAAGUUUUAAUGUUUGUCUCCAGAUUUUGAGGUAAAAAGUGGAGGAUUCUAGCCUUUCUGGGUGGGAAAUGUAUGGUCAGACAUAACAGGGUCAGUCUUCUCACAGUAUUGUAUGACAAGAGUUUAGUUGAUUUGGUUUACAUUUGACAUGACGUGCACAUCUCCUCAUGUGUCUGGUCCCCACACUGUCACUGCCUUCUCUGAAACCAGAAAACUGAUGGUGCCAAAAUCCUUAUUAGUUGUCAUUAAGUGUAGUGUUUCUGCAGUUCAGAAUUUUUCACCUUUUUAGGUGUUAGAAAAAAUAUUUUUGGCUUGUUGAACAGCUAAAACAAUAGCUUACAUGGAAAUUUUGUUAACGGUUUCAAAGUGCCUUCACAUGUAAAUCUUUGUUUUAUAAUAAACAACUAAAAAGUAUUUUAACCUGUGUUGCUAUAUUUCCUGUUGUUUUCCUGUGCUAAUUCAUUAAACAAUGCCUUCUGUCUGCA